AGCGGAAGCAGAUUUCUCAGACCGGAAGCGAGUGUAAGGCCAACAUGGCGUUAGCGGUGUUGUCGCUGCGGACGCGGACAGCUGUUACAGCCCUGCUGAGCCCCCCUCAGGCUACAGCUCUUGCCGUCAGAUAUGCAUCCAAAAAGACAGGUGGCAGCUCUAAGAACCUCGGUGGGAAGUCACCAGGCAAACGCUUUGGCAUCAAGAAAAUGGAGGGUCACUAUGUUCAUGCUGGCAACAUCCUUGCGACUCAGCGCCACUUCCGCUGGCACCCAGGUGCCCAUGUGGGGCUGGGGAAGAAGAAGUACCUGUAUGCUCUGGAGGAGGGGAUAGUCCGCUACACUAAGGAGGUCUACGUGCCCAGUCCCAGCAACUCGGAGGCUGUGGAUCUGGUCACCAGGCUGCCCGAGGGGGCUGUGCUCUACAAGACUUUCGUCCACGUGGUUCCUGCCAAGCCUGAGGGCACCUUCAAACUGGUUGCUAUGCUUUGACCUCCUGGUUGAGGCCUUUGGACAGAGACUGGAGCCCAGGUGACAGGAGAGGGUGGUACCAGACGUCAUCAAGGGUUGGAGUGACGACAAGGCCUCCCAAGGAAGAAGUCUGCUUGGUGGUGACUGCAGGAGACUGUGGAGUGACUGGCUGAGAAGCCCUUUGGGAGACCUGACCUGGGGCCAAAAAUAAAGUUAGCUGGAG